CAGCCUCUUAAAGGGGCCCUGGGAGCAGUGGUUGCCCUCAGCCAUGGCUCCCAAAAAGAAGGCAAACAAGGGGGACAAGGAGCUUGAGGUCAAGAAGAAGGGGGGCAAGAAGGAGGCCGGUGUGAUCCUGAAGCCCAUGGAGAUGCCUCUGGCAGAGGAGACGCGAGAGUUCUACCACAUCCAGAUCCGAGACCUGGAAGACCGGCUGGCCCGGUACCAGCGGAAGUGGGAUGAGCUAGCCGUGCAGGAGAAGCUGUUCCGCCAGGAGUUUGACCAGCUGGCCAACAACAAGAAGGAGAUCGUGGCCUUCCUCAAGCACACGCUCAACCAGCGGGUGGAUGAGAUCACGGACCUCAAUGAGCAGCUCCAAAGCCUGCAGCUGGCCAAGGACAUGGAAAAGGAUGCCUUCGAGGCACAGCUAGCCCAGGUGCGCCACGAGUUCCAGGAGACCAAGGACCAGCUCACCGCGGAGAACAUUGUCCUUGCGGGGAAGCUCGCAGCCCUGGAGGAGUUCCGGCUGCAGAAGGAGGAGCUCAUGGACAAGUUCAUGUUGCUGGAGGACCAGCUGAGGAACCAGGAGAGUGAAUACAAGGACUAUGUGUACAACCUGGAGAAGAAGUCGGUGCUGGACAAGGACAGACUCAGGAAAGAGAUCAUCCAGCGCGUGAACCUGGUAGCCACCGAGUUCCACAAGGUGGCCACUAACCAGAUGUGGGAGACGACGAAGCGGGCCAUCCAGGAGAACAGCAGCGUGACCCUGCAGCUGGCCAAGAUGUCCCAGCAAGGCGUGCAGCUGCUGCAGGAGAAUGAGCAGCUCAAGGGCAGCCAGGACGAGCUGUGCAAACAGCUGGAGCUGCUGGAGAACACCCAGAAGGUCAUGGCCAGCCACAGAAGAGGCCACCAGAAGGUCAUCCUCAUGCUGACCGAGAAGUGUCGGGAGCAGCAGCAGAGCAUGGCGGAGGCCAAGCAGCUGCGCCUGCUGCUGAGCCACCUGGAGCAGAGCUUCCUGCAGCUGCAGACCGACAGCCAGGCCACAAGGGGCCAGAGAGACCAGCUGAACCUGCAGCUGGAGCAGCAGCAGGCUGAGGCACAGCAGCUGCAGCAAAAGCUGGCUGAAGAGCAGAGGGCUCGGGCCAGCCUGGAGAUGACACUGAACCGGGCCACCUCCAUGCUCCAGGACAUUCUGCAGCAGAUGCAAGCGGAAGAGGAGGGCGACUUCGAUGUGGUGUUCCUGCUGCACUGCAAAGAUAUGCUGCAGCAACUGCUGGCCAUGCUCAGCUCUGCCAUGGCCCCGAGACCCCCGAUGGCUGUGUGUCCCUGCCAGGAGUCCCAGCCCCAAGGCCCACCCAAGGAGAGCCAGUCCAACAUCCAGCCGCCCAGGGUCGGGUCUCUGCUGCAGCAGCUUUCCGGCACCGCAACGUACCAGCCCGGGGAUCUAGGCCUGGUGCCUUACCAGGGCCAUGUCCCAGCUAACCCCCAGGACCUCAGGCUGCUCUCACAUGCCACCCGCAUGAGGACCUUCUGGGCACACAGCACCCCUGAGAUCCAUGCCUCCAGUUCUCUAAAAAGACUCAAAAAGUUUAGUCUUCCUGACGUUCUACACCCUAAGUAGGACACAGAGAGAAGACCGACCCCAUACUCCAGCAACGGACCGUUCUAGCUACAGUCCCCCCCUUUAAUCUGCAGGCAGCCCGGAGCAGCCCAGAGAACAGUGUAUAAAUAGUGGAUACCAAGGUUGGUGUGGCAGCUCUGUGGCCAUGGCUAGGCCUGUGGCACUGCAGUCAGGCAGGCAGCCAUGGACACUAGUGUCAGGGGCUGACACCUGCUGAGGGCCCCUGGCUUCGCUCACGGAUGUGGUCCAGGAGCAGGUCAGUGGCUCGAUCCAGCAACAGAGGCAGCAGCUCCUGCUCCGAGGGCGAGAAACAGCCCAGCACGUAGGCCUGUACUGCCUCAGGGUUCGUCGGGCGCCCGAUGCCCACCCGCAGCCUCGGCAUUGCCUGUGGGGGAGCCAGAGGGGCCCAGGGAACUUUGGUGAGGUGGGUAGGGGGACCCAUGCUGGCCCACCCGACCCAGUGCGGGACAGAGGGGCAGACUCACACUGGAGUUGAGGCAGCUAAUGCAGGAACGGACUCCAUUGUGGCCCCUUCAAGAGAUACAGGAGGGGCAGUUAGUGCCUCCCUGGGUGAGCACCCUUCCACCCCUCCCUGCCCAGUCAGAGCAGCCCAUCCCCUGCAGAGACUGGGUCCGCAGCCCCAUUCCACCCCAGCUGGGAGGCCAGCAUCCCCAGCCAACCCUGACCAGCUCAGGGCCUCACCUGGCACUGCCCCCCAGCUUCAGAGCCAGUUUCCCCAGGGGCUUGUCUAGCUCAUCGUGCACCAGGUAGACCUCCUCCGCAGUCAGCCCAAACAUCUCCGCUUGGCACAGGGAAACGGUGGCUCUGGUUACUGCUGCUCUGCCCAGAAGGGCAUAGUCCCGACUCCCAUAGGGAGGGGCCACAAUUAACCCCGAUUCAUGUAUAAAGAAAUUGAGGCCCCGGCCGGGCGCGGUGGCUCACGCCUGUAAUCCUAGCACUCUGGGAGGCCGAGGC